AUGGUGGUCACGCCCCAGGCAACCUCGCCGCCUCCCGGCGUACGCCGGAGCGACAAGGACCCCGAAGGGUGCCUUGCGUGGCUCGACGAGCGGCGAUUGGUGUUCGGCACGCAGGUCCACGUCACCGUGGCGCAGCUCCAGGAGUUCACGCACGGGCUAGCGGACUCCGGUGGCCUUGGCGAGCAACGCCUCAUCUCCUCGACGCGGUGCUCGAGGCGGCCGAUGUGUGUGUCGGCCUCGUCGCGGAGCCUGCGCACGCCGCCGAUGACGUGCGCGGGGGCGUGGCGCUACAGCCAACGCGCGAUGCCGCAGUCGGGUGCCUCCAUCCAGCACGACAGCUACGCGGCGGGCCAGGUCGAGCGCCUCCUUGACCUACCCCGCGAGCUCGCCGAGCUCCCCCGUGGAGCGCUGGGUGUGCGGGCCGAGGCCCUGGAAGAGAGGAAGCAGCGGCUCGACGCUCCAGCACAGGCGCUCGACAGUGGACCGGCAAAACAGAGGGGCCUACACCACGUGCAACAGCUCCCACAGGGCCUCGCUGCCCAACUGGUUGAGCAGCAGCCAGUCCAUGGUCGCCGCCGCAGCUAG